UGCGGCAGAUCACCGCUGGCACCAUCGGCCGCAACCAGCAUCUCCGCUGCCUUGUGCGGUCAUGCCAGCAGCGAGCGGCUCGAUGGAGAGUGCUGUGGAAAUCCCCAGGCCGAUGCCCACUUGUUGCCGUGCUGUGCUGCUGCUGCUUCUCUUCCCAUGCUUCGGUGCCAAGCCACUGCUGCUGCUCCCCACUUUGCUACGGUGCAGGCUAAGAGCUGAUGCUGCUUCUCCUCUCCCCACGCGCUCCUCCCUCCUCUACAAGGACACGUGCUCAAAGGCACAACUCUGGCGUUCGUCCAUGGGCGAGAUCCUCGGCCGCGCGCUACCUCGUCAUCGCCUUAUCCGCGCUCGCCUCCAGCGCCGUGCUUGGAGAGGACCAGAUUAUCCGUGCCGGAAGAGCAACAAGGCCGGCGGGGGCAGAGCCACGGCGACCUCCGCCGGAGCAACACCGGCGGCGGGAGCUCCAUCUCCGCCUCAAGUCUUCCCGCCCAGAUAUGUGCUCGGUCAGGGUGAACUGAGCAGGGCAGGGGCAGUUUGGACAUUUUACAGUGGGCCCAUCUUGCCAGGGGCAAAUCAUCAAGUUUGUGUCAAUGGUAUGGCAAAAGAUCAAUGUCAGCGAAAACAAGGGCAAAUACUAGAAGUGCAAGCAAAGGUGGGGCAAAUCCUCAAAUUCCCCUUAAAAUAGAGACCGAGAGAGAAUCGAGAGAGACAACUAAUGAUUCCAGUGUUCUUUAUUAAUCAUGGAUGUACACUAAUGAUUCCAGUUUUGAAUAACCUUCUUUUUUCCUUUUUUCUUUUUAUUAGAAAGUUGCAACGGAGGCAUGUAGUAAUGACCGUGAUUUACAUAUCAUUUCAUUGUUAAUAUGCUUACAUAUCGAAAUUGAAUUUUAGCUGCCAAUUAAAUUAAGGUACAAGAUCUUUCUUUUUUGAGAAUAGUUAAGGUACAAGAUCCGUGUCAGGCUGCUGAUACUACACACACUUUGGCCGCCCUAUACAGACGCCAGCGGCCCGUGGGCCCAUCACUCGUUUCUACCUUAUCCUUUUUUUUAAUCUUUCCAUCUCUCCGUCCACCCGUUCUUAGUCAGCUUAAUAUUUUCCCUCCUGGUCCUACUUCGGCAGCACACACCGCCCCCUUCGCCACACCGACACUUCUCUUCCUAAAUGAUUGAUCAAAUGCAGAGCCCAUCGCUUCUCUUCUCCCAGCUCAUCGGACAUCCUUCGCCAGGAAGGCCAAUGGCUACAGCAAUGGCGAAGAUAGACUGCGACAAGGCGACAGUGGAUGUGUUGCCACCGCUGAAAACCUGUGUUGCGGGCGGAUAGUGGCAAUGAGCCUUGAUGUCGGGUAGGGACCCUAAGUUGCCCAAUCUUUCACACUUGGAGGGGGCCUAGCCAAACACUCAAGCACAAGAAGGAAAUUCACUCAAGACAAGAUCCAAAUCACACAUCCACUAAAUUUGCAAACAUGCAAGAUCCACAAGAUUACAAGGUCAAUAAGAGGAAAAGAGUGUCAAGGUAGUACUUCCCAAAUCCUAAGGAGAUGGGAGCUGGAUGAUCUCAAGAGAUUCUUCUCCCAUGGGAGGUGUUGGUGAUCCUAUGAUGUGGAUCCUUCUCCCUUAGGAGGGUUAUGAUAAUCUUGAGAGAUUCUUCUCCCUUAGGAGGGCUUGAUCCUCUAGGAUUCAAGGAGCAUUGUUUUCUCAAUUUAGUUCAAUAUAAUUUGCUAACCAUAGAAUGGAGGUAGGGGCGACUAUUUAUAGUACAAGUGCAUUUGUGGCGAAAGAGGGGGGAUUACAUGACCUCAAAGGGCCAAGAUACGCACAUGCAUGUCCAGAAUGUCUGGGUAGCUACCUGGAUUGUCCGGGCAAUGGCCGGAUGAUCCGGGUAGGUACCUGGAUGGCCCGGGCCCGAUUCGAUUGUUUCAUGCUACUAUAUUAUUACUUUUAUAUACUUUUUAUAACAAAAGGCUAACAUAUUAAUUCAGUGCCGAGUGCCAGUUAUUGUUUUGUGCAUGUUUUUGACUUUACAGAAAAUUAAUAUCUACGGAGCUCAAAAAACCUGGAUUUAAUACAAUUUUUUUCGAGUCACGAAGGUUCGAGAAAAGCACCGAAGGGAAUGAGAGGAGCUACAGGGGCCCCACACGUCCACCUGGCACGGCCAGGGCCUUGGCCGCACCCCUAGGUCGUGUCGGGCCCUGUCCACCGCCUUACGUCUAGUCUUCCACCUAUAAAUUCCAUAUUUUGUGAAGCCCUUCGCAAGAUUUUUCUCUGAAUUUUUUUGCCAUCGCAAGCGUCUAUUCCGAGGAGAUUCAAUCUAGAGGCCUGUUCAGGUACUCUACAGGAGGGGGAUCCAUUACCGGUGUUGGUGUCUAAGAACCCGACAUUGCACUAUUGUAGGAACGCCUAGCAGUGGCAGGUGCAAAAAGGCCAUAAGUUGCGGGCCAGGCUCCUAGGGCCGCCGCCACCGACCUCCCAUGCUAACAUUUC